CGCGAUUCGGUCCUUUCUACAGGCUACUCCAUGUAAAAUAUGUGCGACUAAAACGCUUCGCUGAUCGCGACGAAUAGAGAAUAUUUCCGUCGCGAGUAAGCAUUGAACGAGAAACGAGGUGAAAGUUUGGUGUGCGAAACAGUGAAUUUCUUUGAAAACUUCCGAAUGAUCCAGACCGGACAAAGGUUCGUUGCGUGUCUACAAUCAUCCGCCGAGACCGCGCGUUCGUUCACAGCAUAAACAACACGACUAACACGUGAAUUAUGUUCGCUUGCAUCGUGCAUUCUUUCAAGUGUGACUAGUCGACGGGGAGUUCAAGGUUAACGUAUCGAUGCUUCGAAAUGUUCCCUCGUUAUGGAACGCGAUCUGUUUCUGCGUGACAAUCGAUGAAGACGUCAGAAAUCAUCGACGCGAUCGCCACCGACAACCCAAAGGUUAAUUCGAUGAAUGUUGUUCCUUUAACUGGAAAUAUAACGCGAUUGUGGUACUCUUUGUUAGAAAUAGCAAGACUGGAUCUAAUUCAACACUUAACGCGUAGGCAUUGGAAGUUAUGCCAAGUAAAUUCUAAUUUAGUACCAUUGGAACUGUCAAGAAAAAGAUAGUUUGUCCUUGAAGCUGUAUCUUACUAUUUCUUGAUAACUAGAUUGGUCAAAGGCCAACGUUCAUUUCACGUGGAUCAACCGUUGUGUAUCAAUGAUGAAUUUUACAAAAAGUAUACGUGCUCGUGUUUCGAGAAUCUUCGUGUCCCCACUGGACGGUAUUUGAUCGCACGAUAGAGUUUUUAUGUAACUCGAGAUUACAGAGUCAGCUGCACAGACAACGGUUAGGAGAGUAUCAUGAAAAAAACGCUACUACUGUUGACUCGUGAACGUAGCGUGACACAGUGAUAGCGCCGCUGCGCUGAAUGCUAGUUCGUUCAUCGUUGUUUACAACGUACUCGAUCGGUGGUAAAGUCGAGCGACGGAACUCGGUCGGUAAUCGAUUCGAGCGAUCGAAAAAUUGAAACGAAUCCUUAACGGGAAUCGUUAUACACGAUUGCGCAACUACUGCCAAAGUUGGAAGCAAUUAACAUAGUUGUACCUUGGACAACUCGACGGAAUGUUGCAAAAGCAAAUGUCUUUCGUAACAGCCGUCUGAAGUUCGAAGAAAACUUUUUUCAACGUUUCCCGAAGAGCUCGCGGUUAAUUGGUCGCGUUUUAUCGGUGAAAAAAUGACGGACCAAAUGUCGCCUUUGCUGGAGAUUCGAAGCAAUGGACACCUAGAUGUCAAUUUCGAUGUCGUUGAUUCGCUGGGAAAGAGAUCGAUCGACGCGUCGAUGGAAAAUGUUCCACGGAAUAGAGUGCUCAGGAGAACGAGAAGUCUGAAUGCGCCGAGUCCUAUUCAACAGUUCGGCCCAUGCGGGCGUAUUAUGAAAAACUCCGCAAUGGUCAUGACCAUACAAGACCCUGCCUCUCAGAGGCUGACGUGGUACAAGCCGCCUCUCACUGUCCUGGUCAUCAAGAAAGUCCGUGACUCUUCGGUGUUGCCUCCGUUCGUCCAGUUAGUCACCUGGCUAAUAGAAGAGAAACGGAUGGUAGUUUUCGUCGAAGCAUCCGUCUUGGAGGAUUCAGCCUUAGCUAGGGACCCCAGAUUCGAGGGCGUUCGAGAUAGGUUGCAGACCUUCAGGGAUGGUACGGACGAUCUGCAGGAUCGCAUCGACUUCAUCAUAUGUUUGGGAGGUGAUGGAACCCUCCUAUAUGCAAGUUUGCUAUUUCAACAAUCAGUACCACCUGUAAUGGCGUUUCAUCUUGGUUCAUUAGGGUUCCUGACACCCUUCGAAUUCGACAAUUUCCAGGAACAAGUAACAAACGUAUUAGAAGGUCACGCGGCCUUGACCCUGAGGAGUCGGUUGAGAUGUAUCAUCAUGCGGAAAGGAGAGGAGGGUAAACCGGCCAAACCGCCGACAAAUCUUCUGGUGCUGAACGAGGUCGUGGUUGAUCGUGGCCCGUCUCCGUACCUCUCGAAUAUCGACCUCUUCAUCGACGGCAAACACGUGACCAGCGUGCAAGGUGAUGGCCUGAUCGUAAGCACACCGACCGGGUCGACCGCGUAUGCCGUUGCAGCCGGAGCCAGCAUGAUUCAUCCUUCGGUACCUGCCAUCAUGAUCACACCGAUCUGCCCUCACUCCUUGUCCUUCAGACCGAUCGUUGUGCCGGCCGGCGUCGAGCUGAAGAUAAUGGCAAACAGCAAGGCCCGCAGCACAGCUUACGUCUCCUUUGAUGGUCGCAAUCAGCAAGAGCUACGCGUCGGGGACAGCUUGAGGGUGACUACUUCCAUAUAUCCAGUGCCUAGCAUUUGCGCCGCCGAUCAAAUUACCGAUUGGUUCGACUCUCUGGCCGAGUGUCUACACUGGAACGUCCGCAAAAAGCAGAAACAUUUGGACGAACUAAGCGAUCUGACCCACUCUUCUAGCAACGAUACGUUGGACUCUCUCGAUCGUGACAGCUAGGCCAGGCAUACAAGUCACAACGGAUUGUGGCAAAAUCAGCGAUGUCAGCCUAAAUUCUAAAGAAUCAGUGCAUUUUGUUGUCGUCUUCGAGGUCUGAUCUAAAAGUCACCGACUCGUUGGAGAAACCUCACGGAAAACACGUUUUACAUGCAUAACCAAGCGUGGCUUGUGUUUACUCCAUCAUGGGAAUAGGUGUGAUUGACACACCUCGCUAGAUAAUUGUUAAAAAUGCCAGAACAUAUGCACGUUGUUUAGACACAAUAACGACAUUAAAUUUACGAUAAACUGAGAUCAAAAUUCUGCAAACGGUCAAGAGUAUGUAAGACGAUUGCACUAUGAAUUCAAGAGCUGGGCAAGAAGGUCUUUGUUGAUAGAUGAACUAUGUUGUAAGAAUUCUUGCAUCUUCACGGAAAAUCUGCAGACGCACGUUUCUGCUCGUGAUGUAAACAUUUGUUUGGAUAGCUAGCGAUGUGAAUUCAGUGCAUCAAAAGCACAACUAAACGAUCGAGAAAAAAAUUCUAGUGUUUCGCGCCAAAUGCAUAGGUUUACUGUUCGUGUACGUUCACGUAACGAUGUUCUGUUUCGAUUUCGCAAACUAUGAUGAACGGGUCUUUAAUAUUUUUGUCGAAUUAUUAACGACGUUAGGUGUAAUUUUUCUUUCUUUCUUCGUGGUAAAACGUUUUUUAAUUAAAAUUAAUGCAUCGUUUGUUUGAAAGGAUGUAUCGCUCAAAAAUGGGGUACAAAUACAAAAGGGGUAUUAAUAAUUAAAAUGCUAAAAAUAUUGUAGAAUAAAGUUCCUGCCGUAAAGUGACAUGAUCUUCUUGAUUACGAUUACGAAAUAUGUCAGUACAAUUGAAACAUCGAUUACAUUUCAAUUUUUAUAAGAAGAACGGGAAAAGCAACAUCCGUAAUAUUGUAUGUUACCGGGAAAUCGUAAUAACAAAUUGUGUCAAGGAGAAAAAUUGCAAAGACAAUGGAAACGUUCCACGUUAAGCGGUUAUAUUUAUUUUAUCCACGUAUGUCUUUCUCGAUGCAUUUUAAACCACCAAUUUAAAAGAAUUUUAUCCUUUAUACAUGGAUAUAAAUUCUGUUCGGUUUCUCAGACCAAUUUACUAAUUAUAAUGAGUAAAGCACACAGGCUCUAAUCAACUAUUAAAAGAAAAUACAAAUUGUUGUUGGUAAUUUCCACGUUUUGACACCGAAAAUGGUCUAAUUGUGGAUCAUUCUGUUGUAAAUGUUGAUUGUACUUUCCUAUAAAUGAGAAUUUUUAAUAAAAUCAUUUUUGUACAAAG